GCUCCAAAAAUAUAUACAUAUAUAAAAGUGGAGCUGUAAACGGAAAAUGUGGAAUCGCAUUAAAGUCUUAUUGCUACGCCAAGACGGCAUCAGACCCAGUAGAGGAAAGCCGAUCGCGACAGGUGAGACAGGACAACGAAUCGCUGUCCACAAUUAUUCGUAUUCGCGCGGGGCAUCAUCUCCAACGCAUCUUCGACGACGCGUGACCCAGGUGGCGUGCCGCUUGGAUCGAACUCCACAGUGUCAUAGAAGAAAGACGAGAGCCUCGAAAACGUGUAUGCCCUCCCCUUUCUUCGUCUCGUCGCGCCCCGCAAUUCGCAACAGUUGUAAUCGUCAAACUAACGUGGUGUGCGCGACGUAGUGAUUUUCUUGCGUCGAUUCUCCUCGAGCCGAUCCGCAAAUGAGACUGAAUCAAGCGAUGAGAUAGAAAAAAGAAAAGACGAAUAAUCAUCGUCACGAAGAAAUCGUCGAGUAAUAAAAGGACGAUUUUCGUGGUAGAAAAGAGAGAGAGAGAUAAGAGGAGAAAGAGAAGAAGGAUUUGUGGAAACCCUAAUUAUGUCGCACGCAUGUUUGCGAAACGCCGUGAUCGCCAGCGGCUGGCCGACGAAGACCAUGACAGCGACGACGACAAUGACGAUGAUGAUGACGAGACAGAGUGCCGGCGGGGCGCUGUUCGGAAGAGGGGUAGGGAUGACGGAUGGCGGACCGGUAUCCUUCGCGCUGCUCCAGCAAAUGAUCACUCCGUGUCGCGGCAUGGCGGCGAGCGCAGCGGUGAGUCCGUGCGGCAAGGUCCUCACCGAGGACAACGUCUUCAUCAACCUGCGCAAAAUGGAGUAUGCGGUGCGCGGACCGCUGCUCAUCAGGGCGCUGGAACUUGAGAAAGAACUGGAAAAGGGGGUCAAAAAACCUUUUAAUGAGGUGAUCAAAGCAAACGUGGGUGAUGCUCACGCGAUGGGCCAGCAGCCCAUCACAUUUCUGCGACAAGUGUUGACCCUUACGGUCUCGCCGAAACUGUUGGAUGAUCCGAGUUAUCCAGAAGACGCUAAGGAACGCGCUCGGACAAUCCUCAAGGGUUGCAAGGGCGGUAGCGUGGGCUCGUAUUCGGAAUCGGUCGGCAUUGAGGUGAUUCGUAAACAUGUUGCACACUACAUCCAACAACGCGAUGGUGGUAUUCCUUGCGACUAUCGCAACAUUAUUCUGUCGAACGGCGCUUCUGAUGGCAUCAAGUCAUUCCUGAAAUUAUUUAACGAGAUAAUCGACAACAAACCGUCUGGCGUGCUGAUCCCGAUUCCGCAAUAUCCUCUCUACUCAGCGACCUUGGCAGAAUUUGGUUUGGCGCAGAUCGGAUACUAUCUUGACGAAGACAACAAGUGGUCACUAGAAAUUAAUGAAUUAGAACGAGCAUUAGGGGAAUGCAAAGGCACGUGCAAUCCGCGGGUGUUGGUGGUGAUCAAUCCUGGUAACCCAACUGGCCAAGUACUGACUCGUGCGAACAUUGAAAGUGUCAUACGUUUCGCCCACAAGAAUCAUUUGUUCCUGCUAGCCGAUGAAGUCUACCAGGACAAUAUAUAUGAUAAAGACAGUGCGUUUCAUUCUUUCAAGAAAGUCAUGAUGGAGAUGGGCGAGCCGUAUUCGAAGAUGGAGCUCGCGUCGUUUAUGUCCAUCUCAAAAGGAUACAUGGGCGAGUGCGGAAUCCGUGGUGGUUAUAGUGAGAUCAUCAAUAUGAAUCCGGAGGUGAUGAAAGUAUUGCAGAAAUCGAUCUCCGCAAUGCUAUGCCCGAGCGUACUCGGUCAGGUCGUGAUGGAUGUUGUGGUGAAUCCACCGCAGCCAAACGAACCAUCGUACGAGGAAUUUCAGAAAGAGAAGAAGGAGACAUUGCGGUCCUUGUCGGAGAGAUCGCGGCUUGUCGUUGAUACGCUCAACAGUAUUCCAGGAUACAAGGCGAAUCCAGCGAUGGGCGCAAUGUACGUAUUUCCGCGGUUCGAUAUGCCGCCGAAGGCGAUCGAGGCGGCGCGAGCGAAAGGCCAAGAACCGGACGUCUUCUAUGCGUUCAAGCUGCUGGAGAGCACCGGAAUCUGCCUGAUUCCAGGAUCAGGUUUCGGCCAAAAACCCGGCACAUAUCAUUUCCGGACUACAAUACUGCCGCAGAAAGAGAAAAUAAAAACGAUGCUCGAAGCGUUGAAGCAAUUUCACAUCAAGUUUCUCGAAGAAUAUAGCUAAAUUCUUUUCUAAGCUCUUGGCGGAGAAGCUGCGAUUACAAAAGGAAUGGCUCAAUUAGGAUCGUCUAGAAGAUAUCUGUAUGAAGACUAAUUUAAAAGUCCAAACAUUGAAUGUAAAAUAUUUUUGUUACGAUUAAUGAAAGAUCCAUUAUAAAGAAUUAUUGCAUACAGAGUUAUUAUUGAAUCGUAUAGAGUAUGUGAUGAAAAUCAAAAUUUGUUGAAUGUAAAUCACGUUGUGAAUACUUACAAUAUUUGUAAAUACAUCGUAAUUAUCGUCAUGUCAAUAUGACACAUAUUAUGUAAUAGAAAAGAAAAAAAAUUAAAUGUUAUAUAUGUAUAUUACAA